AUGUGGACUUGCUGUUGCUGUGGACAAGGCGGUAUGACUGUAGUCAUAGAUCCUUGCCCCAAUUGCCGCUAUCCGCGCUGUUCGCGGUGCAGGGUGGAAAGGGUCCAGACACGCCAGCAGGAACAAAGUCUGCAGUCGCCUGAUAGCCCAGUUGUAUGA